GAGAGUGAAUCUCAGCUGCAUCGACACUUGCACCGUUUAAUGGAACAUAAUUAUCGAAGUGAAAUUCUGCAAGUUUUAUGUCGAUCAAAGGAAUUUCUCGAAGUGAUGGAUCCCUUAACGAUUUGUAAACAACUUUCAAUUUUGAGUGAUCAGCAUCAACGAAUAUUUCAGUCUAUCCAGCAGAUAGUUCCUGGGAAAGGUGCGCAGUUAGCGAACAAACACAUCCUUCGAUCGCUGCCUGAACUUGGCCGUGAAACUUUGUUCGACUUUUUGCAUGCAGUCACCGUAUGCGGUACUGAAGGGGAACGUCUCGUCGAGCAAAUGAUUCCAAAUUUUCAACAAUUGUAUCGUACCGUGUAUUUUGUUGGUGUGAAUACGACUGUACGGGAUGUACUCGAUUCCUGUGCGAAAUCGGGCGAAGCAUGUCCGUUCGAGGUUGAUAUCAGUUACCAGACAUUUCCACCGUCUGAGCCACAAAAGAUCAUUGACGAUGUUCUUGAAGACAUAUAUGAUGAGGAUGAAAUUCCUCUGCGACAUUAUCAAGAAGAGUUGGCAGAAGCGGCGUAUAAUGGCCAGAACACAGUAGUGUGUGCACCAACCGGGUCCGGCAAAACUGUCGUAGCUGCAUCGGUUAUCCGUAAACAUUUGUUGCAAGGACUGGUGGCGAAGAAACGCAACAAGGUGUGUUUUCUCGUAUCAAACACAACCUUUCUGGAACAACAAGCUGAGUUGUUGAGGCGAUUCCUCAGAAAGAGAUUCAAAAUCAUUGCACUCAGUGGUGCCACAUCUGCCGAAGCACCGCGUCUGUUAACGAUAGUGGAUAAUGACGUUGUUGUGAUAACGCCACAACUGAUUGUGAACCUGAUCAAAGCGCAGAAUACCGAAGAGGAUUGCGUACGAUUUUCACUGACAAUGUUCUCAUUGCUCAUUUUUGAUGAGGCACAUCAUACUUCUGAAAGUCAUCCUUACAAUGUUCAGGUGGUCGGUCUUACGGCGUCGUUGGGUGUUGGUAAAGCAAAAUCAGAAGAAGAGGCCCGUGAGCAUAUAUUAAGAAUGUGUGCGAAUUUGGAUGCCGAUGUGCUGAGCAGGGUUCGUCGAUAUGAAUCAGAGCUACGUGAAUUCUCCAGAAUCGCUACUGAUGAGACGAUUCUCGUGAUGUCAUCACAUAACAACACACCAUUCUUUCACGCUAUCAUAGAACUGAUGGGAAAAUUCGAAGAAAUGUUCGCUGAAGGAAGUUUCUGUGAAUGUUCUAGUGAACGUUAG